AUGGACUAUGUCACCCGCGGGGUCUGUGGCCAAGAAGGAUGCCGUGAGAAGCGAUACUAUCUGGAUAACGGCCUUUGGUUCUGUCGCCGUGGCCAUUUGCAAGAGGGCGUUCAAGUCGAAGCCGAUCCGGAUGAUUUCGGAACACAAGGAAAGACGCAUCGGGUGAGGAAAGAGAAGGCCGAGACCUCAAGGAAGACAUAUCGCGGUCGAUGGGCAUCCACGCUCUAUCUACAGGCCUAUCAAUUGAUAUUAUGGAAGCAAUGUCAUGUUCUAGUCAAGGACCAUGGGUUUCCGGAGCAAUUCGAGGGCGUUGUUCGAGAUCUCUGGGCCUUGAGACUGCGGGGAUUUUCCAUGCGAAUCAAUGAAACUACUGACGAUGACGAUGAUGAGCCGCAAAUAUUUAGCUCUCAGACAACACCGGCAGGAUCGGAAAACGACAGUGCUGAUGAAUCAGGGUUCAGACCAGAAACCCAUAUUCUCCAAUGGCCUCGUUUGCUCGACUCUGUCGGUCUCUGCUACUUAGCAGCAGUCUUGAUGCGGAUUCCUAUUUGCGUGGUUGACUUGCACCGCUUGAUCAUUCGCCAGGAUAUACCCUAUAUACGAGCUAUGAGAAGUAUUCCGCAAGAAAUGGGUGAGAAACUUCCCCCGGAAUUUGUUGCGAGGCUUGAAAUCAACAACAUGCCUAAACCCGAGCGAAUGCAUCGCGGAUUUAUCGAGCUGGGUGCUUUCUAUAGUCGUCGCUUCGGGAUUACGCUCCCUCCUCUAAAUGCGCCUCUUGUGCUUUAUCGGCACAUCAAAAGAAUGGCUGUUCCCAUCGAUGUAUACGAGACGGCCAAAACACUGCAGGGCAUUCUUGGAAUUACAUUUGAAUAUCCCACACGAAUUCGAGGCAAUGGACGCAAGGAAGCCCUCAAUCUGCCUGAAGUACAGGCCAUUGUCCUCAUCAUUUUGGCAACAAAGUUGCUAUUUCCUUUUGAUCAUUUAAAAAGAAAUCCCGCCACGUCCAAGGAGCCUGCAACGCAGACCGUAAACUGGCAGGUAUGGAUGCAAGCCCAGCGACAAUUUAGCAACCAUGAGCAAACUGGCGGCCAAAUUGGAAAAGAGCAACUAAUGCACAUCACCGAUCAUGAUGCAUUGGGCAUGAAUUUCUCCGAAAUCGAUCAGUAUCUGGACUGGUAUGAGAAGGACUGGCUGCAUAAUGUCAAAACAUCCAAUCCGAUUGCGGAAAUGUUCCCAACUAGCCGACCAACGGCCGGGAAUCAGACAAACCCAAAUGCUGACCCGGUUCCAACUGUCGGUACAGACACAGACGAAGCACUCAGUGCGUUGUUGCAAGCAGUUAUGGCGGACCUCAAACCCGCCUCCACGGAUCCCAGUUCAAAGGCAUUGCGGCCGGGUUCCUGGUAUGCUCGAUACCGAUGGGAAUCACAGCUCCCGGAGACUGCCCGGGCUUUCUAUGAAUUGGGGGCUCAGCUUGCUUCCAUCACAUUGACAACACUUGUUCGGGCCGUAUCCGUAGCAGAAUGGAGGGUCGCGAAAUUUCUCCUUAAUCAACGGCGGGACAAAUACAUGAUGGAGUGGGCGAUGGAAGAGGAAGAGGACGAUGUGGACGACCUUGAUGAACAAUUUUCAGAUCUGGAGGUUUGA